CAACUUUCCACCGCUAAGAAGUGCAAUCAACUUUCGUCAACUAACAAAAAAAUGACUUGCCGCAAUUAUCCAUCAUAUUAUCGCUGUCUCAGCCAGGAAAAUUAUUUUAAUUUCGGAAACCUGGACACUGGAAGCAGUCCACAUCAUCAAAAUAACGGCUCCAACGAUCUAUCUGGCAGUAAUAAUUUGAAUUAUAAUAAUUUCUUACAAUUCCCCACGACGUCCUGGCGCUCGUUGGACACAAAUAUUGAUGCUGCAGCAACGAGUAGCUGUUAUAGUACUUCGCCAUAUUUUGAAACAAUGAACAACAACAGAGCUAGUGGUGGCGAGGGCGGCAUCGAUGCUACCACAUCCACUACCAACUCUGUGCACUCUAUUAAUAAUUCUGCAUCGCGCACUUGUCGCGUACGUUCAAGGCUGGGUGAAUUGAAUCCAUUAUUCCAUAAAAGAAAUAAAACUGAAGAUGACAAAGCAUUUCCACCACAUCUAAUUAAACAGGCACGCAAAACAGGCGCUUUACAGCUGAGCGGCAGAGGCUUAACAUCAGUGCCCGACAAAAUUUACCAAAUAAAUCAGACUGACAAGGAUUUGCCAACUUCAUUGGAACAGCUCACUGUCCAGGAAGAAGAUGCUUGGUGGAAUCAAAUGCCUUUAACCAAUUUGGAUUUGAGUUCAAACGCUUUGACACAUCUAUCGCCAAAAAUUGAGAAUCUCGAAACAUUGACCACAUUGACGCUGCACGACAAUUUACUAACCAGCCUUCCUAGAUCCAUAUGCAGGUUAGAGAAACUAGUGCGUGUGAAUUUGAGUCGCAAUAAGUUGAGAGAGUUGCCUGUUGAUUUCUACUCGUUACCUGAGCUCCGUUACUUGAAUAUAUCGUACAAUGAAUUUGAAGAAUUACACCCCGCUGUCAGCGAUUUGCACAUGCUGGAAUAUUUGGAUGCUUCACAUAACUCACUUACGGGGCUACCGAAUGGUAUUGGCUUUCUGGUGCGCGUAUCUGAGCUUUUACUCUCACAUAACCAUAUAAAAGAACUGCCCUCCGAUCUGGUGAAUAUGCGUUCGCUACAAAAAUUGGAUCUGAAUCAUAACGACUUGAUUGCUUUGCCCGAGGAUAUGGGCAGUCUGCGCAAAUUGUUAUGUUUAUAUCUGCAGCACAAUGACAUAACGCAAUUACCCACCUUCGAGGGUUGUCAGAAUUUGCAGGAAUUAUACGUUGCCAAUAACUUAGUUGGGAAAUUACCGGAGAGUUUUUGCUCAAACUUGCCACAUUUGAAAAUUCUCGAUUUGCGCGAUAACAAAAUUACGAAAAUUCCGGACGAAAUUUCGCUACUGAAAAAUCUCAUUCGGCUCGAUCUUACCAAUAAUUCCAUAAGCAAUCUACCCCUGUCGUUGGGCUCAUUAGCGCAUUUGGUUAGUCUGCAAAUCGACGGUAAUCCCAUCAAGUCCAUUCGUCGUGACAUACUCCAGUGCGGAACAAAUCGUAUAUUGCGUACAUUGCGCGAACGUGCGCGUGCUUCUGGCGAAAAUCAUCAGCACCAUAAUCCAGGCGAUAGCGUUUCCCUAAACUCUGCGUCAUUGUCGUCGACAACUUUCGUACAAAAUAAUACCGAUAAAAUGGGUGCGGAUGGUUUGAAUAGUCCACGUCGUCCGGCUGGUGGUUGUGAUGAAGACACAACAUUUCCCGAUAAAUACAAAAUGAGAAACACGCAUACAUUAAAUGUUACCAUGCAGUACUUGUCCACAGUGCCUGACGAGGUGUUCCAAACGGCCGCUGAAGAGCAUGUCAGCUGCGUAGAUUUCUCCAAGAAUCGUUUGGAAAAAUUGCCAGAUGCACUUCAUCUUCUUAAGGGCAGCGCUAGUGAGUUGGUGUUCUCCAACAAUCAAAUAACCAAAGUGCCGACAUUUUUGUCGCAAUUCACACGUCUUACUUUACUCAAUUUGUCAUGCAACCAACUGACCGACCUGCCAAAGGAGAUGGGUGUACUGAACACCUUACGAGAAUUGAAUAUUUGCAAUAAUCGCUUUGACCACUUACCGACCUGCCUUUAUCACACGCAAAACCUGGAAAUUCUACUGGCCAGCGACAAUCGUAUCAAGCAUAUCGAUGCGACACCAGAAGGAUUGGGCGCCUUGAAGCGUCUAACUAUUUUAGAUCUGCGCAACAACAACAUUGAGCAAGUGCCACCCGUACUUGGUAAUCUGACACAUAUUGCUACACUGGAACUGAUCGGGAAUCCCUUCCGACAGCCACGCCAUCAAAUACUUGCCAAGGGCACCGAUGCCAUCAUGUCGUACUUGCGUGAUCGUAUACCAGCUUAAGGCUAAGCCAGCGAGCGGACUUUUUUCUUUUAGUGUACAGCGUAACAUUAUUUUUUUGGUAACGAAAUGGCAUGUGUUUGCUGUUGGUCGCGAAAAAUUUUCAAAUUGCUGCUUAUUUUAUAUGAAAAUCGCCUGAGCUACUGUUAAGUCAUGCGAGCGUCAUGGUAGAACGUAGAUUUAAUAGCGGUUGGGUUGAUUUAGUUUUGAAAUUUUAUUUGUGAGAACAAGAUACGCAAUAUUUUCUUGCAUAUACAUAAUACGCUAUAUAUAUAAUGUACGCCUAAUCAAAAAAGGAAAAAUAUAUUUUUAACGAUAUUGCAAAUUUGAA